AUGAACAUUUACCAGAACAAUCGCGAAAAUUUCACAGCAAAGAUGGGAAAACGAACUUUGGAAGAUGCGGGUUUACCAAAUGGAGGACCAGUGCAAGAAAGUGCACCAGCAUCCAAGAAAAGCCGGAAGGAAAGCAAAAAGCUUGCGACAGAAGAGCCCAGCACCAAUGACACAAGCUCUGCAGAGGUCGAUAUCGAUGCAGAGAAAGCUGCUAAGAAAGAGAAGAAGCGCUUAAAGAAACUCAAGAAGCUGGCAAAGGCUGCAAAAUUGGAGACACCUGCGGAUUCUGAGGAUACUAAGGAGGAAGAGGCGGUCGAGGAAGCGGUAGUCGAGGAGGAAGUCGUCGAUGAGAAGGCCGCGAAGAAGGCAGAGAAAGCCAGGUUAAAGGCGCUGAAGAAGGCGAAAAAGUCUUCAACAGAAGAUACCCCAGAGAUCAUGACGCCAGUCUCAGAACCCGAAAUAAAGACCAAAACCUCGACACCCUCAAGUACCAACAUCACCUCAGACAAUGGAUAUACAGAGGCUCCAGGCCUAUCAGCCCUACCCCAAUCCGAAGUCGACAAAUUCCUCACCGAUAACUUCAUCGCAAUCACUGAUCCUCUACCAUCCUUCGCAAAACUCAGACCAUUGACCAACUUCGAUUUCCUCCCUAUCACCGACCCCGCGCAAAGAGCCCCCUUCAAGAACUUCAAGGCGCCAACACCCAUACAAGCCGCAGCAUGGCCAUUCUUACUUUCUGGCCGGGAUGUCAUUGGAGUGGCAGAGACAGGUUCAGGAAAGACAAUGGCGUUCGCAGUUCCCUGCGUACGCGGAAUACUGUCUCUUCCUGCAAGCCAGAGAAAUAAAGGGCCCAGAGCAGUCAUUGUUUCUCCUACCCGAGAAUUGGCAAUGCAGAGCUAUGAUCAGAUCAUGGAGCUUACUAAGGUCUCAGGCCUGAAAGCAGUUUGUGUGUAUGGUGGUGUUCCCAAGGAUCAACAGCGUCAAGCAUUGAAGACUGCCGAUAUCGUCGUCGCUACACCAGGUCGCCUGAACGAUCUCAUUAACGAAGGAUGUGCGGAUCUUAGCAAGGCGAAAUACGUUGUGCUUGAUGAAGCAGACCGUAUGCUAGACAAGGGAUUUGAAGAGGAGAUCCGCAAGAUCAUCAAUACCACACCAGCUCUCGGCAAGCGCCAAACUCUCAUGUUCACAGCUACAUGGCCCGAAUCUGUCCGCACGCUCGCAGCCACGUUCAUGACCAGUCCAGUCAAGAUCGCUAUUGGAGACAGCCCAACUGGAGAUCUCCGCGCAAAUACUCGUAUUGUGCAGAAAGUUGAGGUGGUGGAUGGAAGACAGAAGGAAUAUCGCUUACUGCAACUUCUCAAGCAAUAUCAAAGCGGUUCGCAAAAAGAUGAUCGCAUUCUUGUCUUUGCGCUUUACAAGAAGGAGGCGACGAGACUUGAGAUGUUUAUCAAAGGGAAGGGUUUCAGAGUUGCUGGUAUUCAUGGUGAUCUCAGCCAGGAGCAGCGCACGAGGAGUCUGGAUGCUUUCAAGAAAGGCACCACACCCAUCUUAGUCGCCACCGAUGUAGCUGCACGAGGAUUGGAUAUUCCAGCUGUACAGCUUGUCAUCAACGUAACAUUCCCAUUGACCGUAGAGGAUUAUGUUCAUCGCAUUGGUCGAACUGGCCGUGCUGGCAUGGACGGUCUCGCCAUCACCCUCUUCACUGAGCACGACAAAGCUCUUUCUGGAUCAUUAAUUAAUGUUCUGAAAGCAGCCAACCAAGAGGUGCCAGACGACCUCCUCAAGUUCGGCACAACAGUUAAGCGAAAGGAGCACGAAGCAUACGGCGCAUUCGCAAAAGAUGUAGACAUGACCAAGAAGGCCAAGAAGAUUACAUUCGACUAG